AUGCCUGAUAUUCCAGUCGAUGCCCAAUGGGAACAGAAUGGAAUCACCAUUGGUGGAGACCAUGGAUGGGGCGGUACCAUCAAUCAAUUACGGUUUCCCAAGGAUCUUUUCUUUGAUAAUACUCGAACAUUGCUCAUUGCUGACUCCUACAACAAUCGUAUCAUUCAAUGGAGCAUGAAUAAUAGGAAGUUAGAAGUGGUAGCUGGUGGCAAUGGCGCAGGAAAUGGAUUGAAUCAAUUGAAUGAGCCGACCGAUGUGUUGAUUGACAAAACAACGAAUAGUCUCGUUAUUAAUGAUCUGGGUAAUAAACGAGUUGUACGAUGGUCUCGCCGUAGUGGUACAAUACAAGGAGAAAUUCUUCUUGACAACAUAGAUGGAGACAAGAAUGGAAGUGUUGUGGCUGGUGGCAAUGGUCAAGGUGAUAAAUUCAAUCAACUCAACCAUCCAAACUAUAUCUUUGUUGAUCCACAACAGACUAUCUAUGUGUCAGACAACUACAAUCAUCGUGUGAUGAAAUGGAAUAAAAACUCAACAGAAGGAAUCAUCGUCGCUGGAGGUAAUGGUCAAGGAAAUAAUAUGACACAGUUAAAUUAUCCCGACCAACUUAUCGUUGAUAUAUCGGGAACUCUUUAUGUGGCGGACUCGCAGAAUAAUCGAGUGAUUCGUUGGACUAAACAAGCCACAUAUGGCACUGUUAUCGUGGGUGAAAAUGGACACGGAGGAGGAGCAAAUCAGCUCAAGUGGCCCAGAGGUUUAUCUUUCGAUCGUGAUAACAAUCUCUGUGUUUCCGAUACUCACAAUAAUCGUGUUCAACAAUUCUAUUUCAAAAACACUCAAAAAUGA